AAGUCACGUGGCCCGAACAAGGAUCCUGUCUCCCGAGCGUUACUCAGCAAAAUGGAAGCGCUUUCUCGUCUUAUUACUUCUAGCCUACCACACUAUCUAGAAAACCUCCCUGUGCCGAAAUCCAUUGGAGGAAUCUUCAAACUAGACCACAACCAAGUUCUACAGCUUGUUCCUUUGGUAGCAACGACUUCAGUUGUUGUAUACGCUCUGGUGAAAUGUUUCAUGCCCAAAAAAGACGAAAUGGUCAACUUGGAGAAAGACAAACAUAAGGAAAAAGUAGCUGACUUUGUAGAGAUUGAGGAUAUUGGGGACAAAGCUGUGUUCUGUAGAUGCUGGAGAUCGAAAAAGUUCCCAUAUUGUGAUGGUUCUCACGGUGCUCACAACAAAGAGACAGGAGACAACGUUGGCCCACUGAUAGUGCACAAAAAGAAGCAAUAGAUGACUGCACUGCCAUACUGUUACCUUUGACCUGUGCAUGAAGAUGUCAGAACCCUAUAUCUGGCAACAAACAGGGAAAAUACAUAUCCUGGCACUAUGGUAUUCUAUGUGAAAUUUACUGAAUAGGCCUAUUAUAUGUAUGGUAAUCCUUCUGUAAAAUAAAUAAGUGAUGUGAGUUUUAUAUCCUUUGAAUUUGUCAUAAAAGAAAAAUAAA